UAUUAUUUGCUUAGGACGCGGUUGUCGCGGAAUGGCGCAUUAUACCAGAAAAGAUAUGGCCUCUGUCUCGAGGCACUUGUUUAAAGUCCUCGAUGUUGCCGGAGCUUCUGAAUACGUCCGACACACCAGGCAACAUAAAGCGCUUGUUGGCGAUGUUCUUGCAAGUCUUACGAACGUCAUAGAGAGAAGUGAUGUUGCUAUUUAUACUUUCGGGAGCAUGUCUGAAGGAACUACCACCCCGGGAAUGAAUUCUGAUACUGAUAUAAUGAUGUGUUUUCGAAUAUACCCGGUGUUUGAAACGAGCGACGAUGUACGCUUCGAUGACAUGAACGUCAGGUACAGAACGGAACAUGGCGAUGCCGAUUAUACAUAUCUUAUAAUGCUCAGUGACGAAGAAACGCCGAUAGGUUUCUGUAAACUGGAAUUCAUGUCCGCAGUUGACACAGAACCGAUAGACCCGGACUUGUUUUUUAAUAUAUGCAUGGACAUUAACGGACGAUUUGUGAUCACAAACAGUUGCAUGGUAGACGCCAUGGACCAGGAUGAAAGGAACGGACCUGCUGCUACAACCUUUAAACGACCUGGUUUUACUGAUCUCGACUAUAUUCCUUCUUUCCGAUGCGCAAAGUGGCCAUCAGUUGCAGAGGAAUUUUUGACAAGGAAGCGAAAGUAUGGGUUUCCAAGUACAGACAUGGCCGGGGAUUUCGGUUCAUUCGGUAUAUUUUUUGUGCCCACGGGACAUUCUGAAACACAAGAGAAGCAUCUACAAUGGCGAUUGUCGUUUUCCCUACAGGAACGCAAAAUCAUGCUGAAUUUGAACCCAACACAGUUUAAAUGUUACAUUCUUUUGAAAAUGGUGAAGGAAGACUUUGUCAAACCUGUAGUUCCUGGCAAGUCACUCACCUCAUAUCAGUGCAAAACAAGCAUUUUUUGGUCAAUUGAGCAAACUCACUCAUCGAUAUGGGUGGGAAGCAAUUUAGUUGCGUGUUUUGUGAAAUGUUUGCAUUUGCUUAAGAUCUGGAUUCGGAAUGGAUUCGUCCCAAAUUUUUUCAUGCCACCUGUAAGCAUUUGGAAGGGAAGCAAACAAAUAUGCAAAAUGGUGACAUGUAUUAUCGAUAAUAUUCUGAAAGACCCCAUAGAAUACUUACGGUCAUUGAAAUGUGACAGAGUAGGGAGUUUGCUUCGAAGUUCGUUGGAACCUUGCGUCGCAGACGGUUUGGGAAUGCCAGAUCAUGCUGAAGAAAGCGAUAAUUAUUUUCGAGAAGCUAAACGGACACUGCAUUUGUCUGUUCACAGGCUGCACUAUUCGUUUAUCUGUGAAACAGCAUACCAUUGGAUUGGUCUGCUACAACACGUUAGUGCGGGUGACGAUCUUGAUACUUGUAUAACAUAUCACAGGAGACUUAUCGGGCUCUUGCGAAAUACCACCAAGAUGAGCGAAAUGACGUCACAGCAAUUAAAUUACGUUCAGCAAGCCAGUGAAUAUGUUCUUCCAUUCCUACUCACUAGUUAUGGCUCGCAGCUUGCAUCUAAAUCGUUGUUGCAGCCCAAUGGCGACACAUACGAACAGGCGAUGGCGCAUUUAAAAACUGGCCAACACUCAGGUAAUUUUACAAAUAUGUAG